AUGGCCAAGCUGUGCUUUGAGCAAGAAACAGCACUCCUUGGUUGUGUGCGGUGCUCUUCCAGCUCCAGGGUGGCUGGCUCCAUGCAUCUGGUCCUUUUCCUCACCAUCUUGUGACUGAGCCUGGCAGAAACACCGGAAUCUGCACCUGCUCACAGGGGACGAGGAGGCUGGACCCUCAAUAGCGCUGGUUACCUCCUGGGUCCUGACAUUAGAUCAGUUGUUUUCUAUGACAUCUCCAUGACUGAAAUACCUGAUAAGGGUGGAAAGAUUACAGUAAUCAAGGCUUGGGGAGUCAGCGUGUGCGUCAUGGAGGCCGACCAGGGCAGGAAGAAAGACUCAGGUCUUGAGAUCCUAGACCUGUGGAGGAUCACUGAUGGACUCCCUUAUUCCCGCUCUCCAAGGAUGACCAAAAGGACAAUGGGAGAAAUGUUUGCCAAAUCAAAGACUGGAGAUCUGCACAUACUGGACAAGAAUGUUCCCAAGGAAGAAGCCACCCUGGACUCAGAGUUAGCCAUACCUCACUCCUCCUUCAUUUCUAGCUCAUUCUCCCCCACCCCAUCCCCACCCCCACCCCCAGGAAGCACUCUCAACACCUUUUGCUAA